UUCACCCGCUAAAAGACAGUCUCUUUUUGUUAUUUUUCCUCAAAACCUAUGUUACUUGGAUCCUCUUCUGUUCCCCUCCAUUAAUUAAAUUAAAAAACCCUUUUCUCUUCUUUCAUAUGCAUAUUAUCUAUCUGUUCCCUCUAUCCUUAUCCCUCAUAUAUUUUAUUCCCCUUCCUCAUGAGACAAUUAAAGCUAUGAAUUUCUUAUCAUAUUUUCUUCUUAUUUUGCUGCUCUCCCAUCUCUUUCAUCAUUCAGCUUUGGCCAUGAGAAAACUUGAUGAUUUUGGGAUUGAUAAAGCUAGAGAAUCAUCUAUGGAUCUUGAUGAUCAGGAUACACCAUUUAUUGGAGGUGACUAUCAUUUUAAAAGGAAAGAGUUGCAUGAAGUACACUCUGGACCAAAUCCAAUUAGCAAUUCAGUCCCAAAAAAAAGUUUGAAAACAAAUUUGAGAAGAAUAUCCCCAUAGCUUAAUUUUCUUUCACUUUUGUAAUUUUUUUUUACAGAAAAGCAAAAGGUUUGUAAUUAAUUGGGAAUUAAGAUUGCCUACUGUUAUAAGUAGUUUGUCAAUAAAAAUAUUAUCCUUGCUUUAUUUUUAUAUUAUAAAUAUCAAUAAAGCAUCAUCAUGA